AUGUGCCUACGGACCUCUCCCACUUCUUUCCUAUCCCUAUCUCCACUCUUCGCCUUGAUUCUUUUUUUUUUCAGUUCUUUUCCGUCUGCUCCCCUUUUCCCCCCUUUUUUUUGCGCCCAUUUUUCUAUUUUUAUUUUCUUAUGCAUCAUUAUUUUGUUUUCUUUCGUUUCCUUUUGUCAUUUCUCAUUCAUUCUUUCCUUCCUUCCUUUCUUUCUUUCUUUCUUUCUUUCUUGCCUUCCUUCCUUCUUUCGUCCCUUUCUUUUCUUUCUUUUUCUUUUCUUUCCUUUCUUUCUAUCUUUCUUUCUAUUCUUUCUUUCUUUCUUUCUUUCUUUCUUUAUCACUGUCUUCUUUCCUUCACUCUUUUUACUCGGUAUUUCUUUUUUAUUUCCUUGUCUCUUUUUCGGCUUGUUUUUUGUCGUUUUUCUUUUUCUUUCUUUCUUUUUUCUUUCUUUCUUUCUUUCUUUCUUUCUUUCUUUCUUUCUCUCUUUCUUUUUUUCUUUCUUUCUUUCUUUCUUUUUUCUUUCUUUCUUUCUUUUUUCUUUCUUUCUUUCUUUCUUUGAUAGAAUGCUUUCUUUUAUUUACCUCGCCCAUUUCUUUAUUUUCCUUCUUUCUUUCUUUCUUUCUUUCUUCGGUUUUCGUUUUUUUCAUUCUCUUUUCUUUCAUUGUCUUUUCUACACUUUUUUUUUAUUUUAUUUGUUUCUUCCUUUCUUCUUAUACGCCAUUGUCGUCUCUCGUUUCAUGUUCUUAAAGUUUCUCUUUCUUUCUUUCUUUCUUUCUUUCUAUUUCUCUGUCUCCUUUCCUUCUCUCUUUUUUUUACUUUCUUUAUCUAUUUCAUUUUCUUCUCUCUUAUCCAGGUUGGUUUUGUCGCUUUUGUCAUUUUCUUUCUUUCUUUCUUUCUUUCUUUCUUUCUUUUCAGUUUUUGUCUUUUUUAUUCCAUUUUCUCACCACUCCACCCAGCAUCCACACAUUAUUUUCCCCCCCUUUGAUUCUUCCCCGACCUUUCCUCACCCCCCCCGUCAUCCCUGUGCACACCGUCCCACCCCCCCCCAUUACUUCCCAGACUCCCAAUUGGCACCAAUUUCAAAGAGGUCACGUUCAAACAUCGCCAGAUUCCAACCUGCAUUCCUUACAUGUUCUUGUCUUUCAACCUCAUUUCUUCUCACAACUGCUUCUAUUUACGCAAACACAUUUCCAUUUGACAAAAACAAUGCAACACAUUUUAUUAUUGUGAAAUCAGUGCCUAGUCUUGCACAAGGCCAUCGGUCGGAUUAG